AUGGCGCGUUCUAUAUCACUUUCUUCUCUCGUCUUCAUCCUCGCGGUGCUGAUCUUGCCCAUCUCAUGCCGUCCGCAAGUCAAUCAAGAGACGAUCUCGCCUUCCAUCACCACCACCUACACACAUACCAAGACAUACACCGGUUCUCCCAUCUGCAACACCAGCGGCAGCGACUGGCACAUGGACCCGCCCACGGCAAUGCGUCUUGCCGACCUUUUCUGCGAAGAUCUUGCCAAACCAGAGAACUAUCCUGUCGAAGGAGCCGAAUUCUCCUCGGUGCACUUACCCACAGAGCUGACCCAGGAGAUGGGAUCUGCGAAUUACACCGAGAUCGAACUGUCGGGACUGAUUGCGGCUGGUUCAAUGUCUCGGUCCAAAACAUGGUGGGCCGACGGUGUCAUCUACAUCGAGGGCACGGAUGAACAGUGCGAGCGAGACAACUGCACUGGAGCUCUUCGCAGCACUAUCAACAGAUGCGAAUGGAACCACCACUAUGUCGGCGGCGACAACUUCUUCAUGUCCGAUUUCGGCGUCUACACCAUCUUCGUCGCCAAUUGUAGCGGCAACUGGCUUGACAGGCGCUGUGAGAAAUGGCACGCAGCACAUCCAAACGUUGGCCUCUCUAGGAACGACAGUUUGGCGACACCUGGACUUCUCCCGCCAUCAUCCAAUGUCACUGCCACUGGGUCCACGACGCAAACACCGCCAGUGACAGCAACCAUCACACUGUCCACGUUCGCAGCCGGGGGUUGA